GUGAGGGGGUGUGUCCGCGCACCACGGGGGCGCGCGCCGGCUUCUGACUGGAGGCCGCCGCGGCCGAGGGCGCGAGCUGCGCGAUAAUGGCGGCCUGCAGAGCUCACGAGAGGGAGAAGCGGCGGCGGCUGCCCUGAGAAACCUCGGCCUUGAAGAUGGUGAGUAGCCAGCCAAAGUACGAUCUAAUACGGGAGGUAGGCCGAGGUAGUUACGGUGUUGUGUAUGAAGCAGUCAUCAGAAAGACCUCUGCGAGAGUAGCCGUGAAGAAAAUUCGAUGCCACGCACCUGAAAAUGUUGAGCUGGCUCUUCGAGAGUUCUGGGCACUAAGCAGUAUCAAGAGCCAACACCCAAAUGUGAUUCACUUGGAAGAGUGCAUCCUACAGAAAGAUGGGAUGGUGCAAAAGAUGUCCCACGGCUCUAAUUCUUCCCUUUAUUUACAGCUUGUAGAGACUUCAUUAAAAGGAGAAAUUGCCUUUGAUCCCAGAAGCGCCUAUUACUUGUGGUUUGUGAUGGAUUUUUGUGACGGAGGAGAUAUGAAUGAGUACCUGUUGUCCAGGAAACCCAAUCGGAAGACUAACACCAGCUUCAUGCUCCAGCUGAGCAGCGCUCUGGCCUUCUUGCACAAAAACCAGAUAAUCCACCGGGACCUGAAGCCUGAUAACAUCCUCAUCUCUCAGAGCAGGCUGGGUACCAGUGACUUGGAACCCACUCUCAAAGUUGCCGAUUUUGGCCUAAGUAAAGUUUGCUCAGCAUCUGGGCAGAACCCAGAAGAACCUGUCAGUGUAAACAAGUGUUUCCUUUCCACAGCAUGUGGGACGGACUUCUACAUGGCUCCCGAAGUGUGGGAAGGACACUACACAGCAAAAGCUGACAUUUUUGCUCUGGGAAUUAUCAUCUGGGCGAUGCUGGAGAGGAUCACCUUCAUAGACACAGAGACAAAGAAGGAGCUCUUGGGGAGUUAUGUAAAGCAGGGGACUGAAAUUGUGCCUGUUGGGGAGGCACUUCUGGAAAACCCCAAAAUGGAGCUUCUCAUCCCUGUGAAGAAAAAGUCUAUGAAUGGGCGAAUGAAACAACUGAUAAAGGAAAUGCUGGCCGCAAACCCUCAGGAUCGCCCCGACGCUUUUGAACUAGAACUCAGGUUAGUCCAAAUUGCAUUUAAAGACAGCAGCUGGGAGACGUGACCUACUGCUUGCAAGCAUCUCAGAGUCGAUGGAAAUACAUCAUGUGGCCGGAAAGAAGACAGAAGUCAGACUCCACUUUCUAAGAGUUUAGGUUUUAUUGUGGGGUCGUUUUUUUUUUUUCUCUCAUUUUUCUUAAUUCAUGCAGGCCAUUUUAUUGUAUGUUUUGAAUGUGUAUUACCAAUGUGGCUGUAAAAAAAUUUUUUUUAAUGAUCAUUGGUAAAAGGUUAGCAGAAAAAAAUUCUCUUAGGAGCCAAGGAGAGAAGAAAGUCCCAUUUUCUAGAAAUAUCUUUAAGUAUUUUGACAUUCCUUGUCAGUAUUAGGCAUUUCCAUGGAAGAAGAGGUUUGCGUGCUGGUAAUGCAACCUUCGAAGCUUUGUAAAGGAAACAUAUAUGUAUAUAUUUAUGUAUAUGUAAGUAUGUGAAUGUGUGCAUUUUGCAUUCCACAUGAAGAAAAUGCCACGUCUGUUUAAAUUAUUUGAUACAGGUUUGGGUUUUUGAGAUUUGCUGAUGAAAUUGGUGAUAAAAACCACACAAACCACCCCUCAUCUUCGUCCCUACUCCUCCUGCUACUGGAAACAUACUAAGGGUAUAUUUUUGUUGUUGUUUUCCCAGUAUACAUCUCUUUUUAAAGGCAUCAUUUUGGAGGGUCAAAAUGGCUGAUGAACCAUAACUGAAGCUAAGCAGUUGUAAGCUGCCGGGGUACGUUAAAGCUUUCCAGGGCUCUUCCAGUUGAAUCAGUCAUGGAGUUUCACGGCUCACACCUACCUUUGGGUGACUGAGCAUUUGUUUGAGUAAUUAAACCACUGCACUGGGACAUGCGGGCACUUGAGCAUCUGCUGUAACCCGAGGAUGUAUUCUUCUGUUCUGAAAACAUUAUGUUACACAACUGUAAUACUUGAUUAUUAAUUUUGAGUUUUAAGACUUUUUCUAAAUCUCAGCAUAAAGUUGAAGAAACCAAAUGAGCUCACCCUGGAGUUGCUGGCCCUGGUGUGGCUUCCUGUUGGAUCACUGGAGUCUCUGUCACUUUGACAGUGACGCUGUUUUCUCUUGUCUCAUGUGAUGCAGUAAUGGGACUGGUAAUCACUGUCACAAAUACUGGUCGCUCUCUUCCAAAGUGAGAGACGAUGCAAAUGGAUAAAAUUCUAUGCUAUCAACUGCUUUUCGAGCAGAAAAGUUGUCAUUUCCAUAUGGUCACCUGGCAUCUGUCAGAAAGCAAGAGACUCAACUCCUGAAGGGAAAUUCUAACUGCAUGGUUGCCUCCAGAUUGUUCUUGCUAAUCCAGGAACAUUAAGGAAAGGAUUCUUUCUUAAACCAGAACACCAGUCUUUAGGAUGAAUUUGAAUCUACCAUUAUAUCUAGGUGUGGCUUUAUAAGGCACUAGCUGCCCACCUCCGGUGCUGGUGUAGAACCUUGGGCCUUAGGUGUGGGGGAAGUAGUCUACCACCGACCCCAUGGGGAUUUUUUUAAGUGUUAAGAUUUAAAAGGCAAUAGAUUAUCAGAAUAUUGCCGUUAUCAGCAAUUCUCAUUGUCCCCUCAGUGCUUGAACCGCCACACCUUCACAGUAGAUCUGACUGUAGUUCAGUGGAGAGUGCUUGCCUGGCAUGUACAAGGCUCUGGAUUCAAUCCCUGCCAUCACAAAAUCAACAGAUCAAUAAGUGUGUUCAGAAGGUGAUAAAAGAUAAACCUCACAAAAAAUGAAAUAUUUAAAACUCCUAGACUGAAUUAAUCUGGAAGUGUAAAAACAUGAACUGAAAGGCUUUUCACAUACACUUAAUAUCACUUGCAGACUUAACUAAAAGAAUUCUUUCAGAAAUAAGAGGUAGAAAUGUACUGGAUCUUCAUGGUAAUUGACCCUGUGGGUCACCAAGUUGACACAGCUCUGACCAGUGGAUUGAGUUACAAGAAAUUAGAAAAAGUCUCAUUAUAAUGGAUUACCAUUGACUUGGCCCUCAUCAGAUUGAUAUGUGAUGUGUGCCAAAAGUUCUUGGCUCUACAAAUACCUGUGCACUUGAAGCCGUGGUGUCCUGAGCACAUAGCUUUUGAUCCUGCCUCCUUGAAAAAUAAUGAGUAAUUGUCUUUUGUUUUCGUUGGUGCUGGGAUCAGACCCAGGGCCUUGCCUGUGCUACACACAGGUGUUAGCACUGAGCUAAAUGUCUAGCCCCAGUUAUAAUUUCAUUUUGAAGGAUUUUGAUCUGUGAAUUAGAAUUCUUUAUUAGCGGUAAGGGUGUGAGGUGAUCAGGAAAUUUCUUCCAGAACAUUAAGUCCUUGUCUUCUGAAAUAGCUUGUGAUAUCAACAAAAGGACAGGGGCUUGUCUUUGUUCGUUCAGUCAGGGGUAUUUAUUAAGUACCUACUGUGUGCUCAGCACUUAGUUGAUACGACAACCAUUUAAGAUUUGCAAUUGUAGGGGCUGGAGAGAGGACUCAACCAUUAAGAGGACUUGAUGCUCUUGCACAGAACUGGAGUUCAGUUCCCAGCACCCAUGUUGAGUGGCUCACAGCUAUCUAACUCCAGCUCCCGGGGACCUAAUACCCUCUUCUUGCUUCCAUGUGCACUUGCGCAUACACACACACACACACACACACAAUUUAAAGAAUAAAGACACCAUUUUUUUAAAAAAUGGCAUUUAGCCAUGCACUUUCUUCAGACACAUAUAAGAAAUAAAAGAUGAGUGAUACUUGGGAAUUUUGGAUAAUUGCUAAAGGAAAAAUUGCAAUCAAGAAAUUGUGCACAGUGCCUUGUCCAUAAUAGGUACUCAAUAAACAGUUAUCCCUCAUAGUCUGUUGCCAUGGUUUCUAGUGUUUUAUGAAAUUUGUCUUAAUUGAAAAAAAAAAAAAGACCAAAUAUUUCCAAUAAAGCUUAUAGGCAGCUGUGUCCAGUCACUGUAGGGUUGUACAGUUAGUUCCUAGGCUAUUAAUUUGCACCUGUUGUCACUUAGAAACAUGGGGUUCUGUAGAUUCUUGGUGCUAAGGGAUACUUUGUCAUUCUGAUGAAGUAAGUGUUAAGUGUCAGAAAAAAUAGCACAGAAUAGUUCUUUCUGCAGAUCUGGGUUUUUGUUUUUAAUUGUAAAAUGUUACCAAUCAAACUAUUGUAGCAGCUACAAAAUAAUUCACCAGCAUGACAAAAUAGUCAAAAAAAAAAAAAAAAAAAAGAUGUCAUCAGCACAUCAGAAAAGAAGGCAACUUUAAAACUUUUCUUUUAAAAUUGUCAAAUAUAUUUUAUGAAGAAUUUAUAAAGGGGGAAAGUAUUGUAAUUUAUUGUU